AUCCCGGUCGCAUGUUGAUGACGCAGAUCCCGAGGCUAGCGCGACACGGGAAGCGCUAAACCAGCUCCACUACACUCACAUUAAAUAUUAUAUUCUUACCACAAACAGCUGAUGAGGACUCACCUGCAGAUAACACAUUUAGAGUGAUGGCGGAGGAGAGAGGAGGAGACAUCGUCUCUGAGUUCCUUGGUCAGAAUCCUCAACUGGAGAACUGGCUGGACUCUUUAAGAGGACCCUGUGAGACAAACAAACAGUGGCACGCCAGAAGAGAGUUUGUCCUGCGCAAUAUGGAGCUCUUUCCUACCAUCAAACCUGGGAGCUCCAGUUCUAGUUUGGACAGACUUUUGUCUCUGUCCAUGGUUUGGGCCAACCAUGUGUUUUUGGGCUGUCGGUAUCCACAGCCUGUAAUGGACAAGGUAAAUGAGAUGGCAGAAGGAAUCACUGUGACUGAGGCUCCUGUGCGAAGAACUAGAGAUGGAAUCAUGGGGAAAACAAAAAGACCUGCUGUUUCAGCAGUGGAAGCUGAUUGCCAGAGUAAGAAGGCUAAACCCGGUGAUACGGAUGUUAAAGCUCAUGUGAAGAGUGUUGGGUGUCCAGCUGCCAGUGCUCUGAAAUCUGGCCCUCUGCCAGGGGCUCCUGCACAACACCAGCCCUUUUUUAAUCGACUCUAUAAGGCCGUUGCUUGGAAGCUCGUUUCUGCUGGUGGCUUUGGCCCCAACCAGGAACACUUUGAAAUCUUGCGCAGCUGUGUGGAGUCAUGCAAGGCCAGUCUUACCUGUGUGUUUGUUCCACUCAAAGACAUUCCUGACCUGCCUACGGGACGUACCCAGAAAGAAGGCCAGGUGUGUGAACUGCGCUGCUGCACCGUCUACAUGGGUACGGGCUACGGGCGAGACGAGGCUGCCGCCAGGGCAAUGGCCUCCAAAGAAGCACUCAAAGUGUUUCAAGGGCAAAAAGUGACUGUGAAAGUUUGCCGCCGCAGAUUCAGAGGACGAGACGUUGACGAUUUGGUUCUGCUGGACGAACAGUCCAGGAGCCAGGUUUUCCCUCCAGCUCUCAGCCACCCCUUUCAGGAAGACCAGUAGAGCUCUGUCACGAUGAUGUAAAGCUGUAGACUCAGUUCUGGCAACCAUGGAGAUGUUUUUCACCGCAGUUCCAAAGAGUUGCAUUUGUUCAGAUUUCAGUUAUUCUCAUUCAGAAAGGCACUAUGGGGAAAGACUGGUAGGUUUAUAGCUGUUUGUGACUAAUUGACUAAUAGUGACAAUAGUUUUGUGCCUUGUAAAAUGCUUAUGCUGUUGCUUCAGAGUGUUGUUUGCGGUUUAGAACGGUUUGUUAAACUUCCAUUAACUGUGGUUAUAGUUCAGUCCGAUCCUAAAAAACGUUUGUGGUUUCAAACGCUGCUAUUUUAAUUGAUGAAAUGUCAAUAGCUUUUGUUUUGUGCAUUUCUAAAGCAUUACAUUGAGAAAAUACAGUCUGUAGUUGAGAGUGGUUGGAUUUUUCCAUGUUCAAUAUUUAAAAAGAUAAUGUUCACAAAAUACAUUUUGGAUUAAUACAUGAAUGAUAACAAAAUUAUAAAGUUAAGACUUAGUUUUGAUAGUUAAAAGAAAAUAUUACAGUAAUAAUAAUAGAGUAAAUUAACGGGAUCUCAUAUUUUAAUUUCCUUACACUGUUAUACUUUUCCCUUGCUUCACAUGUAUUGGACAGUUUUUAUUUAUGAAUACAUGUCAUAACCAGUUUCUUGCUCAUACACUGUAAUGAGGUUUGAUCAUUUCGUGGACCUUUGGGCGGAGUCUUUGAAUGUCAACUAAAGCUGCCGUCCAGCAGAAGAUUAUCAGUGAAGUGUAAGUGUUUGGUUAAAUGUAUCUCUGUUUGUGUUUCAGAAACUGCUAGCUUUACUUGAGGUAUAACUGGGUUUAUUUUCUGAUUUAAAAAAAUAAAAAAUCUUGAAUCUCUACAAAUCUCAAACGUGAUGGGAGGGUUCAUAAUCGGACACUAUAUGGCACAAUUGCUUUAGAGUUCAUAACUGUCUGUAAUCAAAAGAUUGGAGAUUUACAGUUUACCUCAGGUGAUUUUUCAGCAAUUUAAUAAUUAAAAACUCUUCCAAGCCUUUUGGUUUGAUUCACAUGAAACUUGGCACACAUCAUUC